AUGUCUAUGGCGGCGAUGUUUGACACUGCGCGUGAGUUUACGCUCAGCGCAGCGGACUCAGCUAGUCGUUUAGUAGAUAUGCGCCCACUCCAGAUCAGCGAGAUCCGAGCAAUGCUAAACUCUGGUACGGAACGUGAAGUUCGAGUGGGGUUACAGUCCUUGUUCAGCUUGAUCGCGAACGGUACCGACACCCGUGAGCUUUUUGCGGAGGUUGUCAAAAAUGUGACGUCAAGCGACUUUACAGUUCGCCGUAUGGUAUAUGCCUAUUUGGAGAAAUACUCCGACUAUGAGCCGGAGCUGGCGCUAAUGACCAUCAAUGGUAUUCAGAAAACUUUGGCUAGUAACCAGAGCCCUGUGGCCCGGGCGAUGGCAUUGCGGGCAAUUGCCUCAAUAAAAGUUAUAAGCAUUUCAUCAAUUGUCGGCAUGGCAAUUUCAGAGGCCGCCAAUGACCUCUCUCCCAUUGUUCGAAUUGCCUGUUGUCAGGCGAUCGCCCGCUGUUAUUCUUUAGACUCCUCAAUGGGCCCAGAAUUGCUUGGUGUGCUUGAGGGCCUUCUUAACGACAGUAACGACCCUGCUGUUUCUGGCUGGGCUCUUGCUGUUCUUGCUACGAGCUUUCCAAACCGUCUGGACUAUCUGCAUAAACCUUGGCGACGGCUCUGCAGCUCACUGGUAUCAUUUGACGAGUGGUGCCAAACUGUUAGCCUACCUUUUAUGGUGAAAUAUGCUCGUCAUUUCAUGUCUGAGCAAGACCCUGACGUCAAACGUCUUCUUGAGGGUGCAAAGCCUCUCCUUCACAGCAUGAAUUCAGCUGUUGUGGUUGAAACAGCAGCAGUGUACUUUUAUUUGGCUAGCACUGAAGAUUUUGACCAAUACAAUGUCGCUCCGGCUUUAGUUUGUUUGAAGCAAACUGAACUCACCCUCCAAAACCUUGAAGUGUUGGUCACAGCUCGGCCACACAGUUUCGAGCGCUAUUUGUCUUACUUUUACUUGAGCCCCUUGGAUAACUCCGAUACUCGUGUGCUCAAACUGAGGAUGAUUUCUAAUAUUACAAACAGUUCGAACUUCAGUGCUAUUUUCCAGGAACUGCAGUACUAUUCGCACUUACUGGAAGACGGUCGCUCGUUAACAGCAGUUAUGCAGUGCCUUGCCUCUUGUGCUACAAAGACUCCCGCAAAGGUAUCUUCCGUCAUCAAGUGGCUGUUAACAGCGAUUGCCUCAGAUAAAAGACCAGUAUUGGUUUCCCAGGCCCUCAUGGCUUUGAGGUUCGUUUUACAACAAGAGAGCCAGGAUCAAGAAACGAGACAUCGUGCUUCAGCAUUACAUCAACUUGGUAAAGCACUGGAUAAUAGCGACUUACCACCAGAUGCUUUAGCAACUACGCUGUGGUUGGUUGGUGAGUACUGUAGAGAACAGCCGGCUUUGGCCACCGAGGUCUUACGCAAACAGCUCAAACAACUGGCCCAGCAACCUGCUGAAGUUCGUUUACAGAUUAUCCAACUUGGGGCCAAACUAUAUUCACAGUAUUUAUCGGAGCCCUCCAGAUUCGAUGCUCGAGUGCCCAAGUUUUUCGAACAUGCUAUCUACUUGGGUCGCUAUGAUUCCAACUACGAUAUCAAAGACAAAGUACGCAUGUUUCAAGUUUUGUUGAAUGAUAAUGAGCACGAGCUUGCCACCUUAAUGAUUCAGGCCCGAAAGCCUCCACCUAUGUUUGUAAGACCCGAGGAAGAAUUCAAGUUCACUCUUGAUUCGGGUAGCUUGAGUGUUGGUCACAACCUCACGGGAUAUAUGAGCUUGGAGCCUUGGGGAAACAACGGAGAUCCCGCUGAUAGAGAAGAUGAUGUGGUAGUAGAGCCAACCGCACAGACUACCUCCAUCUCCAAAAAUACUGUACACCGAGAGGUUCCUAUGUCCAAACUAAAAGAAAAAGUCAAAGCGGUAUCUCUUGCUGAAUUUCUCGAGUCGAGCUCUGCUGAAGAGUCUGACGACGAGGAAAGCAGCGAGGCCGAUGACAGCAGCGAUGCAGCGGACGAUGAUUUUGAUGAAGAUAGCGACGUUUAA